UGUAGGAAGGAAAGCGGGAGCAGCUGGGGCGCAGGGCUCCCCUCUCCCUGGUUUUCGAGCGGCUGGAAUUCGCUUCCCUAGGCUUGGCGUGUGGGGCGGUUGGGCGCCGCGCAGGCCGGUGGAGCGGGAGCGGAGGUUUCGGGCCUCUGUUCUCCUGGUGACAGGAUUUUGCCGGGAAGUCUGUCGGGAAAGUAGGGGAAAGGAGUUUCGGAGGCUGUCGGCUAAUAACGAUUCUUGAUAAGUAUUUGCCAGACUUUAAGAUUUCAGAAAAGAGGUGAAAGAGUAUAUUGCAACUUGGAGGCAAGCAAGUAGGCAAGUGGACUAACAAACAACAGGGAUUCGAAGAUAGUCCUGGAAUUUUAGAGAAUGCUCUGAGUAUUGAAGAUAGUCCUGGAAUUUUAGAGAAUGCUCUGAGUAAGCUUCUUGGAGAGCUGAACUUGGUUCCUCGGAGUGCCCUUAUUCAGAAUAUAGAUGACUUACCAACCUAUAGCUCUUCAUAUAAAUUUUCUGAAGGUGACCUGUUAAGAAUAAGUGAUACAAAUACUGGAAAAACCCAGUCCUAGAGUGCUCAGUCCAGAACAGAACAAUGUCACAAGUUCAAACCUCUUAUUCAUAUGAUGUUCCUAAGGACUUUAUUGAUUUUACAUCUUUGGAUGAUGAAGGAGAUACUGAAAACAUAGAUUCAUGGUUUGAGGAGAAGGCCAAUUUGGAGAAUAAGCUUUUUGGGAAGAAUGGGACAGGAGGACCUUUUCAGAGCAAAACUCCUUUGAGAAAGUUUAAUCUUCAGCAAGCUAUUAUUACACCUUUGAGACCAGUUAAGAACACUUAUUACAAAGAGGCAGAAAAAGAAAAUUUUGUGGGACAAUCGAUUUCAUCAAAUGCUUGUUCUUCCUUGGAAGUUGAGGAACCUGUAUUAAGAAAAAGUUCAGUCCAGCCACAGAGAAGAUCUAUUAGACUCUCUGCCCAGAGAGAUUUGGAACAGAAAGGAACAGACCAUGUGAAAAUGAAAGCCAAGAGAUGUGCCACUCCUGUAGUCUUGGACGAAAUUCCACCCCCUAAAAAAAUGAAAGUUUCUAACAAGAAAAAGAAGCCAGAGGAAGGAGGUAGUGCUCAUCAAGAUACUUCUGAAAAGAAUGAGUCUUCCCCAGAGAAAGACAAGGACAGACGUACUGUGCCCUUUAUACUACCUGUAAGGCAGAAGAUUCUGAAAAGUACUGAGGAGCAAGACUUGGAGAAGAGAAUGAAGAUGCAGCAGGCGGUGAUGGAGAUGCGGAGAAAGAAUGAAGAAUUCAAGAAAUUUGCUCUUGCAGGAGCAGGGCAACCUGUGAAGAAAUCAGUGAGCCAGGUAACCAAAUCAAUUGACUUCCACUUCCACACAGAUGAGCGCAUUAAACAACAUCCUAAGAACCAAGAAGAGUAUAAGGAAGUGGACUUUACUUCUGAACUUCGAAAACAUCCUUCAUCUCCUGCCCGAGUGACUAAGGGAUGUACCAUUAUUAAGCCUUUCAACUUGUCCCAGGGAAAGAAAAGAGCAUUUGAUGAAACAGCUUCUACAUAUGUGCCCCUUGCGCAGCAGGUUGAAGCCUUCCAUAAACAAACCCCUAACAGAUACCAUUUGAGAAGCAAGAAGGACGAUAUUAGCCUGUUACCUUCCAAAUCUUCUGUGGCCCAGAUCUCCAGAGACCCACAGACUCCUGUACUGCAAACCAAACAGCGCACAAGGCCUGUGACCUACAAAAGUGCUGCAGAUCAGGAGGCUGAGGAGCUUGAGAAACUGCAACAAUACAAAUUCAAAGCACGAGAACUUGAUCCCAGAAUUCUUAAGGGUGGGCCCAUCUUACCCAAGAAACCACCCGUGAAACCACCCACUCAGCCUAUUGGCUUUGAUUUGGAAAUUGAGAAAAGAAUCCAAGAGCGAGAGUCAAAGAAGAAAUCAGACGAUGAACACUUUGAAUUUCAUUCCAGACCUUGCCCUACUAAGAUUUUGGAAGAUGUUGUGGGUGUUCCUGAAAAGAAGGUACUUCCAAUCACUGUCCCCAAGUCACCCGCUUUUGCACUGAAGAACAGAAUUCGGAUACCCACCAAAGGAGAUGAGGAAGAAGAUGAACCAGUAGUGGUAAGAGCUCAACCUGUGCCACAUUAUGGGGUGCCUUUUAAGCCCCAAAUCCCAGAGGCAAGAACUGUGGAGUUAUGCCCUUUCUCCUUUGAUUCUCGAGACAAAGAACGUCAGUUAAAGAAGGAGAAGAAAAUAAGAGAACUACAGAAAGGGGAGGUGUCCACGUUCAAGGCGCUUCCCUUGCCUCAUUUUGACACUAUUAACCUGCCAGAGAAGAAGGUAAAGAAUGUGACCCAGGUUGAGCCAUUCUGCUUGGAGACUGACAAAAGAGGUGCUCUGAAGGCGCAGAUUUGGAAGCACCAGCUGGAGGAAGAACUGAAACAACAGAAAGAAGCAGCUUGUUUCAAGGCUCGUCCAAACACCGUCAUCUCCCAGGAGCCCUUUGUUCCCAAGAAAGAAAAAAAAUCAGUUACUGAGGGCCUUUCUGGUUCCCUAGUUCAGGAACCUUUUCAGCUAGCUACUGAGAAGAGAGCCAAGGAGCGGCAGGAGUUAGAGAAGAGAAUGGUUGAGAUUGAAGCCCAGAAAGCCCAGCAGUUGGAGGAAGCCAGGCAACAGGAGGAAGAGCAGAAGAAGGAAGAGCUAGCCAGGCUACGGAAAGAACUGGUGCAUAAGGCAAAUCCAAUACGCAAGUACCAGGGUGUGGAGGUAAAGUCAAGUGACCAGCCUUUGACUGUGCCUGUAUCUCCCAAGUUCUCCACUCGAUUCCACUGCUAAACUCAGCUGUGAGCUGCAGACAGCACCUGGCAACAGACCUGCUCCUGCAUCAAACUAGUAUCCAUCUUUGUCACUGAGAAUGGAGAGCACCCAUUUCUUCAGACUUUUACCUACUGGUGCCCAAGAGAGCUACUUGACAACCAUGGACUCCAGUUUUAUUGCCAAUUGUUUUCUUACAUUAUGGAGGCUCGAUUAUACCCUGUGUAGUUAUUUCCUUUUAGCCUUCAGCUGGCAUUUAAUAUGACUCUUAACUGUGACUAGAAUUUAAAGUCUUGAUAUAACACAGUGUAAUCUCUCUUGUUUCUUACCCCUUUCCUUUUGUAAAAUUUUAAUAGAAAAUAAAGAUAGUUUAAUCCUGAGAUAGGGAUUAAGUCAUGGUUUAAAUGAGGAACAAUCAAUAUAUCAGAUUCUUUCCUCUGUGCUGCACAAAGUGAAUUUAUAGAUAAGGAGCCAUUUGCUAUGAGGGUAGAAAACUUCAUUAACUACACCAAUGAGGAAGAAAAUGGCACAGACUCAUGGAGACCCUCCUAGCAGCUGUUUGGCAAACUUUAGGCAUAUUCUUCCCUUUUUGGUAUUGAUCAUAUCAAGGAACAGUGCAGCAUACAUUUUAUUUAAGACCUGGCCUGGAGUAAACAAGUUUUGUCUUCCCCUCCCUGAUUUUAUUAUUUGAUGAGUUUGUUGUUGUUUGUUUGCUGCCUCAGGCUAGAGUGCUCUGGCGUCACAGCUCACAGCAACCUCAAACUUCUAGGCUCACACAAUCCUCCUUCAGCCUCCCAAGUAGCUAGGACUACAGGUGCCCCCCAUGAUGCCUAGUUUUUUCUAUUUUUAGUAGAGACAGGUUCUUGCUCUGGCUUGGGCUGGUCUACAACUCCUGAGCUCAAGCAAUCCUCCCAUCUCCCAGAGUGCUAGAAUUACAAGCAUGAGCCACCAUGCCUGGCCUGAUGCUUUUAAAUUUGUCGAGACCUUUUUGGAAGUCACAUCUUAUUAGGGAAAUGGAUAGUUUGAGGGCUAGGUCCAAGAACUUUUAAAAGCACAGGCUCUGUCCUUAAAAGAAAGUACUUUGUAACUUUUUUUCUAUCUUAUGUCAAAAUACCCUUUCAUAUUUUGUUAACUCCCUCUCACUAACCACCUAGUCAUAUAUGUUAUUAUACCUUUGCACAGACUGUGUUUUCCCUAAGUGAGUUUUUUCUCAUCUGGUAAAUUCUUCCGGAUAAGACUUAGUAUAAAAAAAGAAAUUUGUUUUAGAAAUCUUUCUUUGACCAUCUGACCUCUUUAGGUAAGGAUGAUCACUUCCUUCUUUGUGCCUCCCAAAUGUUUCUUGUAUAAGAUCCAAUAGAGCAAUUAUACUAAAUUAUACCAAUUAUACCAAGUUUAAAUUAUUUAAACUUAUUUAUAAAUUAAUAAAGAUGCAGGUAUAUAAGCUCCUUGAAAAUAAGAAUUAUCGUAGUCAUCUGUGUUCCUCAUAGGUGGCACAGAAUUGGCUUAGGUCCAUGUUAAAUAAUAUGUUUUCUUUCAGACUUCACAUUAUAUUUGAUUAUCUACCCUAUCAAUCAUCUAACUAUUCCUGUGCCAAAAAAUACAAAAGCAUCCAUGUUCUGCCCAGCCCAGCCCCAGGUAUUAUCUAUGACAUGAAGCUUAUUUUAUAUUUAUUUUUUUUAUUUAGUGAGCGUUUAUGGAUCUCUUAUUAUAUAUAGCCAUUGUGAUUCAAUAGUAGGUGACAAAGCUAGAUGAUGUUUCUCACAAUAUAAUUUACAGAUCUGUGGUCCUCUUGAGUCCCACAAACGGAUGCCAAAUACAAUUCCUUUAUUUCUUAGAGGUAUGUGGUACACAGUUUCAUAACCGCUUUUUUAGUUCAUUUAACAAAUACUUAUUUGGUGCUAAUGCUACCAAGUUAGCUCUUCAUGUCGGUGGGUUUCAUAUCCAUGGAUUCAUUCAACCUUGGAUAGAAAAUAUUCAGGGAGAAAAAAAGAGGUUUUUGUCUAUACUAAACAUGUACAUACCUUUUUCUUGUCAUUCCCUAAACAGUACAACAUAACAACUAUUUACAUAGCAUUUACAUUGUAUUAGGUUUUGUAAAUCAUUGAAAGGUG